ACACAGACGAACAGAUCAUCGAGAGAGUGAGCAGCCAUGUCCGGGGUUGUGAAGAUGGUGGUGCUUUGGAUGGUUGCUAUGGUUGUGGCGGAGCUGCUGCUGGUGUGCCCAAGCUACGAGCAGAAGGCUGCUGCAGUAGAAUGCGAAUCAAUACGUAAGAUGCUGGAACUCUGUCUGCCGUACGUGACGGGGAUCGCAGACCAUCCGAAGCCUGCCUGCUGCGAGGGCGUGGACCACGUGAGGAGCAUGAUCCAUACCCACGACGAGAGGGUGGAGGUAUGUGACUGUCUCAAGGAGAAGAUCAGCAGCUUCCGUCAUAUCAACCUCACCACCUUGACCUCUCUUCCUGACGAGUGCGGUUUGAAGUUUCAUUUCCCCCUUUCCCCUAACGUUGAUUGCAGCCAGAUUCCCUAGUUUGGAGCCGUUUCUGUUCGCAAGGGUCGAUCUUCUUCCAGCAGAUCAGCUUCAGUCAAAAGAAUAAGUCGCAAAUGUUAAAGUUUUCAUGAUAUGCUUUGCAUGUUUGUGGGGGUGAACUAUAUAUUGAGGGCUUCCCUUGAUUCUAAUGUUUAUU